CAACCGGGUCUGACUGGGCCGUCCGGCGCGCUUCCUGGUGUCACCCCCAGAGGGCGCCGGCCACUGAGCCGCCCGCAGAGUCGCGAGGCCGGAAGGAGCGCGGCGCCGCCCCACUCGCCCCAACCGCCGCCAUGAAAGCCGUGGUGCAGCGCGUCACCCGGGCCAGCGUCACAGUUGGAGGAGAGCAAAUAAGUGCAAUUGGGCGGGGAAUCUGUGUGUUGCUGGGUAUUUCUCUGGAAGAUACACAGAAGGAACUGGAGCACAUGGUCAGAAAGAUUUUAAACCUGCGUGUGUUUGAGGAUGAGAGUGGGAAACACUGGUCGAAGAGUGUGAUGGACAAACAGUAUGAGGUGCUGUGCAUCAGCCAGUUCACCCUCCAGUGCGUGCUCAAGGGGAACAAGCCUGACUUUCACCUGGCAAUGCCCACAGAGCAGGCAGAAAGCUUCUACAACAGCUUCCUGGAGCAGCUGCGCAAGACCUACAGGCCGGAGCUCAUCAAAGAUGGCAAGUUUGGUGCCUACAUGCAAGUCCACAUUCAGAAUGAUGGGCCUGUGACUGUAGAAUUGGAGUCCCCAGCACCUGGCGCUGCUGCCUCUGACCCAAAGCAGCUGUCAAAGCUUGAAGAACAACAGCUCAGUACAUUAGUGAUGGAUGAUGGGCUUCUCUGCCGAGUGCCACUGAGGCAUGUGCUGGUGGAAUAACUUCUUUCUUAAGGCACACCCAAUGUGUGGAUUGCCCAGUGGCUCGAUGAGCUUGCCUCUUAAGAGUUUUGGUUUGAAAAGCGGUAUAUAGUUCUCUAGGUUUUUUGGGUAUGAGGCAUGGCUUACUCAUUGGUUGAUUUAUUCAUGGGACUUGAAUAAAAACCCAGGGUGAUCAUCACCCAGGCCUUGGCUGGGAGAAUUACAAUUUAAUGGAAUGCAUGAAUGUUGAGGCUUUGUGGGCAGUUGGCUAAUCAUUUACUUUUAAACACAGGGGACAUUGUUAGGGGUUCAUAUUUUAUGAUGUAUUACUUGUUAAGUUCAUGGUAAAAGUUUUUCACAUUAAAUUGUAGGAUUAGUUUCCUGCAGAUUGCUUACUAUUUUUUGAUUUUUUUUUUUUUUCCUGCUUGUGUUCUUGGUCAUCCACUUGAAAUGAACUCCUUCCCUGUCUCCACCUGGUGUUGUCCCCCCCACCGUCUUUUAAGGUCCAUUUCAGAUAGUGCUUCAUUCAUGAUGCUUACCUCAGGGCCGAUCUGAACAGGCUCUUCCUGCCUUUGAAUCCUCACUGCAUGGUGUGGCACUGGUUGCAUAGGGGUUAAUGCUUUAAAUAAUGACCCAUCCUUAUUUAUUUGUUAGUUUGUUUGCUUGUUUAUUUAUCCACCAUGUGUCCAUCCAUCCAUGUACCCAUUCAACUGUUCACUCACCUACCCCACCCACUCCUCCAUCUGUGUAACAGAUACUGAUAGGGUGCCUGCUCUGCGCUGGCCUUGCAUAUUAAGUACAGUACUGAGCCGAUGUUGUGCCCUCAUGGAGCUUGCAUUCUAGUGAGAAAUAUACAAAAACAAGCAUAAUUUAAAGUUGUGAUUAUAUAAAGAAAACAGGGUGAGGUAUAGAGAAUACUGUUGGGGUCAGGACUACCUUAGGUAUGAGGGCUAGGGAAGGAGGUGGAGCUGAGAGGGAGCCAGGCACAUGAAGCCCAGGAGAAGAAUGUGCUUGAUGGAGGGGGCAGCAGGUACAAAGCUCUGAGGCGAUCAGUGGAAGAAAGGCCAGUGUGGCCGGAGCUUGGAGGGUGUCAGGGAGAGGGUAGGACAGUGAGGGCAGAACUGUGACCCAGGCCUAAUGGUGCGAGGCCUUUUGGCCAAGGCAGUAAGCCAGAUGGUUGUUGGAAUUUGAGAGUAUCUAUCUGUGUGUGUUCGUGAAGGUGGCUGAGCUGGACUGUAGUGUAGCUGGAGAAGGGGCAGUGGGGAAAGCAGUUAGGAGCUCAUGCAACAGGUAGGUGAGAGGCCUUGAGAGAGUCUGGAUGUACUUUGGAUGCUUUUGACCAUUCUGGUGUUCUGCCUUCCACAGUAAGACUUCUCUAUAAAUGAUUCAUGUUUGAAUUUCUUUUAUACAAGGGUUUGAGCAGUAGGACAUACUGUAAAGUCUAACCUCCCACAGUUCACUACUAGAAAGACCCCAUUUCUGCCUCCAGUGGAGGACAGUGAGGGGAUUCCGUGGCACAAGUUUCUUUGAGUUUCUAGGAUGAGAUCAGACAUUUAGACAUCAAGGGGUAUGAUACUCACCCCUGGUUCUGCGUGAUCCUGGGGCACAGUCUGGACAUAAAACCAGAACCUCUGUUUGAUGAUGUCAAACAACAGAAAAAGCAUGUUUCAGGGAUUUAGGUCCCCUUCUUCAAGUCAGCAUGAAGCCACAUGUUUCACUAUCAGCCAGCUUUUCCCCAAAUGCAAACAACUUUAAUUAUAAAAAGAAAUCAUAAAAAGCCCCAAAAACAUUUAUGUUGAAUUUGAUUUACAUAUGCUCAUGUCGUCAGGACAAUUUCUAAAUCUAAGUGUUCAGAACUUGUCGAGGAAAAAAAGGAUUUAUUUUUGGAAAAGUAUGUUUCCUGGUAUUCAUUGGUCUUGGAAAUUAUGGAGGUAAUUGUCAGAAGGGCGGCAGCGGCUCCAGAGGUAGAGUGGCAGUCCAGGGCUGGAGGGGGCUGCUGUGUCGGGUGGACGCCAGCAUACUGCUUGCUGGUAGCAGGUCAAGGGUUUCAUAAUCGCCUUUUCUGCCUGCUUUGUUCCACCAUCUUACUUAUUUUUGUCAAUACAAAAUGAAAAAGAAUAGCACUUCUAUUAAGAUUCUUCACAUUAAAUGUAUUCCUUUGACUACUCUCCAUAAAAUGUGAAGUCAAUUUCUUUUUCUAUUUUUAAGCAUGAAAGUGGAGCCCAGAAGCCUCAAUUUCUGUGGAGUGAAAAGAUACAAGUUUGUGGCCUUGUUUCCAUUCUGCCCUCCUCUGCUCGGGCAGGAGCAGGAUGCCCACAGAAUACCCCCAAGCAGUGGCUCUGUUCAGGAAUUGCAGCACUGUUUGACUGCAGGGAGGGCAGAGGCUGUUAUUAACUGUUGGUGGUGUCAUUGUUGGGUCAUGAAACCCUCAGGGGAUAAGUACAAGUCCUAUAAAAUUUCAUUUCAAAAUCCAGACUAGAUCUGGCCUUAUGCUCUGUGGAUUCUUUUUUUUUUUUUUUUUUCUGUUUCAUGUUGUGCUUGUGCCCCCUUCAUUUUCUCUUGGGGAGAAUCUCCUAUUAUUGUUUUUUAAAUUUUGUGCAAGCAGUGUAUUAACUGGAAAGUACCAAUAUAGAAAUGUUAUUUUGUUACUAGUGAGUUUUUAUAGUAUUCCUGUGUAGGAAGUUAUUUUUAUAGAAGUUCUUUUCCUGUCUUUAAAUUUUCUCCUGUGCUCAUAAUAUGCCAUUUUCAUAUAAAAAUUUCUUAUAUAUAAUAUGUAAAAUCAGUAUCCUUUUAAAAAUUAGAAGUUUAAGAUAUACUAACAAUGAUUUUGACUGUAACCUCUCAUUUCCAGAGGUGGCACUAUUUAUGCCUUUUCUUCCAGACUUUAUAAAAAUAUGUUUAUCCACAUUUACCACAUACUCAUAGAAAAUAUGUGGUAUCUCUGGGAGUGUGUAUAUCAUAAGGUUUUUUAAAAAUUAUGGUAGGUGGGUGAUGGGUACUAAGGAGGGUACUUGUGAUGAGCACUGGGUGUUGUAGUUGAGUGAUGAAUCACUGAAUUCUACUCCUGAAA